AGCCCUCCAUCUAAACCCUCAUCCCCUCCAUACAAACAACAUGGUCAAAGCCGUCGUUCUCGGUGCUGCUGGUGGUAUCGGCCAGCCUUUGUCGCUGCUCCUGAAGACCAACCCACUGAUCUCCGAGCUGUCGCUGUAUGAUAUCGUGAACACGCCCGGAGUGGCUGCCGAUCUCUCGCAUAUCGCGACGCCGGCCAAGGUGCAGGGAUUCCUGCCCGCCGAUGACGGCCUUAAGAAGGCUCUGACCGGUGCUGACAUCGUUGUCAUUCCUGCUGGUGUUCCCAGAAAGCCCGGGAUGACUAGAGAUGAUCUGUUCAAGAUCAACGCUGGUAUUGUCCGCGACCUCGCCACAGGCAUCGCAACGACCGCCCCCAAGGCUUUCGUCCUCGUCAUCUCCAACCCUGUCAACUCCACCGUCCCCAUCGUCGCCGAGGUAUUCAAGAAGAACGGUGUCUUCGACCCCAAGAGGAUCUUCGGUGUCACGACCCUCGACGUCGUCCGCGCCUCCACCUUCGUCUCCGAAAUCCUCGGCGACCUCUCUCUCGCCCCUUCCAUCAAAGUCCCCGUCGUCGGUGGUCACAGCGGUGUGACGAUCGUCCCCCUCCUCUCGCAAUCCUCCCACCCGCUCCCCACCUCGCUCAAGGGCGACGCGCUCGACAAGCUCGUCAACCGCAUCCAGUUCGGCGGCGACGAGGUCGUCAAGGCCAAGGACGGCGCGGGCUCUGCGACGCUCUCCAUGGCGUACGCCGGCGCCGAGUUCGCCGAGAAGCUCCUCCGUGCGGCCAAGGGCGAGAAGGGCAUCGUCGCGCCGACGUACGUCCACCUCUCCGCGGACAAGGCCGGCGGCGACGCCAUCAAGAAGGAGAUCGGGAAGGACCUCGAUUAUUUCAGCGCCCCUGUCGAGCUUGGGCCUGAGGGUGUCGUGAAGAUCAACUCCCUGGGUAAGAUCAAUGAGUACGAGCAGAAGCUCAUCCAGGCUGCCCUCCCGGACCUCGCUACCAAUAUCGAAAAGGGAGCCUCGUUCAUCGAUGCCCCGAAAUUGUAGGCUUUGAUGCGGUCAGAGAAGUACUAUGUAUGUAAGUUCGAAGAAGUGAAGGAAGAAUAUCGCUGUGCUUGUAUUCCCCGCAUGGAUUGUAUGAGCUCCUGACUCACGACUCCCGUUUAAUGGAAGAUACUGCUCAUAGAUCUGUAUUGGCAGAAAUGGUAUAGGGAUACAGGAUGCGCCGAGGUGCUUGUCAAACAACAAGCCACUCCGAAAUACGGUAUGAAGCAAGGGGAAGCCCAAUAGCUACCGCUUGUCCGUAAGAUACACAACGAUCGUUCGAUGGCGGACAUAUACGAAGCGAGAAAGCAGUUACACAGCAUGAUAGAUCAACAGCGAAAGCGAGAAGAUAAUAAAGACAUGGGCAAAUCGAAGUCCGGAUUUCGACAUGGUUUUCACGGAACAUGCAUAAGAUGCUUACAGAUGCGGAUGCAGAUGCGGUGGUGGGGUAUAUGCUCAUGCAGGCACAGCGACAGGUUUCCGUGCCGGUCUAGCUGUUGGCGUCGCAUUCUCCUUGUCUUCCCGCUCGCUCAU